AUGACGCCUACGAUCGGGAAGUACGACGCGGAGGUGGCCGAAAAGAAGUGUCAGGAGGCGGCGGAAUUCGUCGCGCAGGCGCGACGGAUCAUCGCCACGGCGCGCGCGAACUUGCGCGCGGGCGUCAAAGCAGAAGUUGGCGACGAUGAGGCGUACGCGACGCCCAAGUCGUCCAAAAUUCGAAAAUCAUUACCGCAAACUCCUGGGACGGGCGAGCGCGAGCAGAAAGGGUUGCGACAUUUUAGCAUGCGCGUGUGCGAAAAGGUUGAAGAGAAGAAGCACACGUCUUACAACGAGGUGGCGAACGAGCUCGUCGAGGAGCUUCGCGUGACUGCAGAAGAAACGAACGCGGAUUUCGACGAAAAGAACGUGCGUCGACGGGUGUACGACGCGCUUAAUGUUCUCAUGGCGCUAGAAAUCAUCAGAAAGAAGAAGAAGGAAAUAUUCUGGAACGGAUACCCCGAGGGAUACGUGAAACCGGGCGAAUCGCCGCCGCCCGCGAAGGCGGCGGGACCGAGAACGUCGAAUCGGGAAUUGGCGUCCACGGAGUCGAUAGAUGCGUUCGAGCAGAAGACCAACUACCUCGCCGAGCUCGUGGAGCAACACGACGCGCUCGUGGCGCUCGUGGAACGCAACCAAAAAGCCCUCGCGGGGGACGGUCCGCCGCCCACCGGCAUUCAGCUUCCUUUCAUUUUGAUUCAAACCAAAUCCGAGGCGGAAAUCGACGUGGAGAUAUCCGACGAUCAGCGAACGGUGCACUUUGAUUUCAAUCGAACGCCGUUCCAAAUCCACGACGGAUUCCACGUCUUGACGAAGAUGAUCAAUUUGCACAAGAAGCGCGUCGUCGGCGACGACGGCGGCGCGGAGGCGAAAGCGUCGACGUCGAAAACACCGACGACACAAAAGGCGACGCCGGUGAAGCGCAAAACCCCGACCCCCUCAAAAGGCGUCGGUAAAUCGCCGCUUUCGGCGAAGAAGGCGAAGAAAUGA